AACAUCAACACGUCUGGCCGAGGAAAGGGAGGUAAAGGAUUAGGCAAAGGCGGCGCCAAGCGUCAUCGCAAAGUAUUGCGUGACAACACAUCCAAGGUAUCGCCAAGCCCGCCAUCCGGUCGUCUCGCCCGCAGAGGUGGUGUGAAACGUAUCUCUGGUUUGAUCUAUGAGGAAACCAGGGGUGUCCUAAAGGUGUUCCUUGAAAAUGUCAUCAGAGACGCCGUCACCUACACCGAGCAUGCCAAGAGGAAGACAGUAACUGCCAUGGAUGUAGUCUAUGCCCUGAAACGUCAAGGCCGCACACUGUAUGGCUUCGGCGGUUAA